AUGCGCAAAAGAAAGCGGCCCUACGGUGAAUAUGUCGACGAAGAGACUGGACAAGUUACUGUAGUCCAAACUACCAAACAAGCAAAGCGCGCUCAUCAAAAGUCUGGAAAAUGGUACAAAGAGCCGACCGAGGCCGAAAUCCUGGCAUGGGAUCGUGAGGAGGAACAGCAAAAGAAAGCGAACAAAGCUCUACAGCGUGAGCAGAACAAGAAAACUAAUGCUGUGAAAAGAGCAGAGAAGCUGGCCAAGGAGCAGCAUCUGAAGAGGGACCUAUUCGAAGCGGGAAAGAUCACAUUUACUCAAACCCUUGCGAAGAAGGAUGAGGAUCAGCUAAACCUACACUCUUGGUUUGGUGGCCGUCCCAAACAGACAAAGCCGAAGUCGAACCAAACACAACGCCCAUGUCUUAGCGACGAAAACAGAAACAAGACUAUAGUGAAGGACAAAGCGCGCACUUCAACCAAGUACGACGAACGCGGUUUGUCCGAGCUUGCGAAAGUUGAAAGUUUGUCACAAGAGUCAAGUGAGGAUGAUGACAACAACUCAGAUGCAGGGUCUUAUCUCAACGAGGAAACGAAUCGUCUGUCAACCGAAGAUUUCUCAAAUCCCAGAAUCUGCAAUACGGAUCUGCUACAGCCAGGACCGCGACCAGAUCAGAUACAGAAUACGAAUUUAAGUCCUCGCGAACACUUUGAGGUUGCAGAGGACAGUGACGCUGGUAUAGAUGUUCUAGACGACGAAGCCAACCAGGCUCCUCAGCUUCUAGUACCAAUAUUUAAGGUUCCUGCUCUGCCUACUCAAAACAAACGACCUCCUCUCUCGCCGAUGACAAAAUCCGAUGUCAACGUCAGAACCAGUCAAACAAAAAGAGUCAGUAGUUUCGAGGACAAGCUAGCCAAGGCUAACGCCUACCCUCCUUCCACACAACAGGUCAGGGACAUCCUCUCCAGAAUUUGUACUCAGGAUCUUGCGGACGACCUCGACGACGAUGUUUCUGGGGAUAAAGAGAAUGAGCAGCCUGUGACUGUGGCAUCACCGGGUUCCGACUCUCCUACUAAGUCGUCCACGAAGUCUCUUCAUAAGUUGUCUCACAAAUCCGUCGUGGUCUCCAGCCCUGCUACGGCACAGAACAAUACACUUAAAGAAACAUAUGAGUCAUCCGACCACGACAACAUCUUCGCCGAGAUGAACAUAUCAGACGACACUGCUAGCAAGGACUCCGACGACGAAGACUUUGACGACUGUGGCCUCGACGACGCAACUUUACUGUCCGUCCCAACAACCCAGCUCGUGCGUGCAGCAAAGGCAAAUACCGAUAGCUUUCCGACGUCCGUUCCUCCUGCAGUCGAGCCACCGACAGCCUUCCCGCCACCCAAGCCUGCCAAGCAACCUAUCAAGAAAAGCGAUAGUUUCGCGGUCGACGAUCUUGAGGAGGACGACCUGCAGGAAGCUCUCGAUCAGUGGGAGUAUAGUCAGACACACAGGCCUUCUCCGCUCCCGUCGAGAAGAGGUAGACCGAACCUUAGGUCAUGA